CUCCCUUUCUCCCUCCUCCCGACACCUCCUCCUCCAGACUAGCUCCCGGCGCCGCUAAGUUUCUCCGCUCCGCACCGCGCGCGCUGACCCCGGACCCGGGCCUGGCCCCGGCCACCCGAUCAUGCUGUGCGGUAGCUGGAGGAGCCGCCGGCGGCAGCCCGAGGAGCCCCUGGUCCCGGCCCAGGUCGCAACGCCCGUAGGGCUCGCUUCCCCGCCCUCAUCCCAGGAAGGCAGCAUCAAGAGGCCCGGGCUGCGGGCGCUGAAGAAGAUGGGCCUGUCGGAGGAUGAGGAUGUGCGGGCCAUGCUGCGGGGCUCCCGCUUCUGCAAGAUCCGCUCGCCGACGUGGCAGAAGGAGCGGCUGUACCGGCUGCAGGAGGACGGCCUGAGUGUGUGGUUCCAGCGGCGCAUCCCGCGUGCGCCUUCGCAGCACAUCUUCUUCGUCCAGCACAUCGAGGCCAUCCGCGAGGGGCACCAGUCCGAGGGCCUGCGGCACUUCGGGGGCGCCUUUGAGCCGGCACGCUGCCUCACCAUCGUUUUCAAAGGGCGCCGCAAGAACUUGGACCUGGUGGCGCCCACGGCCGAGGAGGCGCAGCGCUGGGUGCGUGGUCUGGCCAAGCUGCGCGCGCGCCUCGAUGCCAUGAGCCAACGCGAGCGCCUUGACCACUGGAUCCACUCCUAUCUGCACCGGGCAGACUCCAACCAGGACAGUAAGAUGAGCUUCAAGGAAAUCAAGAACCUGCUCCGCAUGGUCAACGUGGACAUGAACGACAUGUACGCCUACGGCCUCUUCAAGGAGUGUGACCACUCCAAAAAUGAGCGGCUGGAGGGGCCUGAGAUCGAGGAAUUUCUGCGGCGGCUGCUGAAACGCCCUGAGUUGGAGGAGAUCUUCCAUCGGUACUCAGGAGAGGACCGCGUGCUGAGCGCCUCUGAGCUGCUGGAAUUCCUGGAGGACCAGGGCGAGCACAAGGCCACGCUGGCCCACGCCCAGCAGCUCAUCCACACCUAUGAGCUCAACGAGACAGCCAAGCAGCAUGAGCUGAUGACACUGGAUGGCUUCAUGAUGUACCUGUUGUCCCCUGAGGGGGCUGCCCUGGACCUGGCCCACACAUGCGUGUUCCAGGACAUGGACCAACCCCUCUCCCACUACUUCAUCUCCUCCUCACACAACACCUACCUGACUGACUCUCAGAUCGGGGGACCCAGCAGUACCGAGGCCUACGUCAGGGCCUUUGCCCAGGGAUGCCGCUGUGUGGAGCUGGACUGCUGGGAGGGGCCAGGAGGUGAGCCGGUCAUCUAUCACGGCCACACCCUCACCUCCAAGAUCCUCUUCCGAGACGUGAUCCAGGCAGUGCGAGAGCACGCCUUCACGGUGUCCCCGUAUCCCGUCAUCCUAUCCCUUGAGAACCACUGCGGGCUGGAACAGCAGGCUGCCAUGGCCCGCCACCUGCACACCAUCCUGGGGGACAUGCUGGUGACACGGACACUAGACUCCCAGAAUCCUGAGGAGCUGCCAUCCCCAGAGAGGCUGAAAGGCCGGGUCUUGGUGAAGGGGAAGAAGCUGCCAGACACUCGGAGUGAGAACGGUCACAUCCUAUCAGAGCGGGAGGAGGAGGACGAAGAGGAAGAUGAAGAGGAGGAAUUGGGGGCCAUAGAGCAGAGGCGGCGGGCCAAGCAGAUCUCCCCGGAGCUGUCGGCCCUGGUUGUGUACUGCUGCGCCACCCGCCUGCGGACCCUGCGCCCGCCCCCGGUCCCGCCCCAGCCCUGCCAGGUCAGCUCCCUCAGCGAGCGCAAGGCCAAGAAGCUCAUCCGAGAGGCAGGGAACAGCUUCGUCAGGCACAAUGCCCGCCACCUGACCCGCGUCUACCCGCUGGGGCUGCGGAUGAACUCGGCCAACUACAGCCCCCAGGAGAUGUGGAACUCGGGCUGUCAGCUGGUGGCCCUGAACUUCCAGACACCGGGUUACGAGAUGGACCUCAAUGCUGGGCGCUUCCUCGUCAAUGGGCAGUGUGGCUACAUCCUGAAACCCGUCCGUCUGCGGUCGCCCAACACAACCUUUGACCCUGAGUGUCCUGGGCCCCCCAGAACAACUCUCACCAUCCAGGUGCUGACAGCGCAGCAGCUGCCCAAGCUGAACGCUGAGAAGCCCAAUUCCAUUGUGGACCCGCUGGUGCGCAUUGAGAUCCACGGGGUGCCCGCGGACUGUGCUCGCAAGGAGACCAACUAUGUGCUCAACAACGGCUUCAACCCCCGCUGGGGGCAGACCCUGCAGUUCCAGUUGCGGGUUCCGGAGCUGGCACUGGUCCGGUUCGUGGUAGAGGAUUAUGACGCCACCUCCCCCAAUGACUUCGUGGGCCAGUUCACGCUGCCUCUCAGCAGUCUGAAGCAAGGGUACCGCCACAUCCACCUGCUUUCCAAGGACGGGGCCUCACUGUCACCGGCCACUCUCUUUGUCCACAUCUGCAUCCGGGGCUGAGCCACCCUGGGUUCUGCAGGUGCCAGUCUGUGUCCCACGCCCUCCGGAGUGGAGGGGUGAUGGAGGACCAGCCCCUCCAUCCUCCUGCUGAGCCUGCCAGGCUCUGGUCUCAGCUGGGUGCUGGGGGCUGCCUGCACCCCUCCUGAAGAAUGGGAAGUUGCUCCUUGCUCUGGGCUGUGAGAUGGCCUCAGCCCACCUGGUCGUCGUGGCUUAUGAAGAGCCAGGCCUGGUGCUGCCAGGAGACUUAGGGAGCAGGACUCGUGAGCCCUCGACCACUCUGCUCCCCAGCGGGGCCAUCCCAGCCUCCUUCCCAUGAGGAAUCCAGCCACCGCCCCCUGCUCCCUCCCCCGGCAUUAGCCACCCGCUAAGGCCCUCCUUCCCUCUCCAGCUCUUGAACCUGAGCUCCCUUCCCCUGUUAAAUCAAGGAGGGAGAGGGAGGCUCAGCUCUGGGGAGACCUGGGAAUCAGUUUCUAACUGAGAAGAGCCCUGGAGAGGUCAGUAGAACAAAAUAAAGAAUCAAGUUUAUUUUA